AUGGCCUGCUCGGUGCUGGUCGAGGGCCAUGAUGUCGCAGGCGAGGCGCGGCCAUAUGCUGUUUACCGGCUGCUCGUUGUCGAGGAUGGCCGAGAGUGGCGCAUCCGCCGGCGAUGGAACGACCUGCGGAUCCUGGUCGCAGACCUCAAUGAAAAACACGGCAAGGAGCUGCGCGAGUCGGGCGUGACGAUCCCGAAGUUCUCUUCGCACGGCUUCCGGCUCGCCCACCAGAUGCUCGAGCUGAAGUUCCUCAAUUCGCGGGCCGCGGCGAUGCAGUCUUUGCUCCACGCCUACAUCUCGGCGCUCCCCAUAUCGCUCCUCUCGUCUACAGGCCCUGAGCCGCUCCUCUGCUUCCUAUCCGCUGACCUCCCCGACGCGGGCGUGCAGCCAACACCGGCGGCCACGCCCCGUGCCACCGUCUCUGCCGCCGCCGGCUGGGGCGGCGUUGAUGAGCUGCUGUCGAUCCCAGAGGGUGGGCUGGCGCAGGCGGCCACGCGGGCGCUGAGCGAACGCUCCGAUGACGACGCCCGCUUGCCAUCUCCGCCCAAGGUGGCUCCACCCACAGCCCCGGUGAAGGGCGUGCUUGUGGCGGAGGCUGCGCCAGCGCCCGCGCUGGCGAUUUGGUUGAUUUGGUCCGCCGUUGUGCUCGUGCCGGUCCUCGCGCUCGCAGCGAGGCAAAUGCUUUGA